UCCCUUAAACCCUGUCUUCCUCAGGUGAAGACCAUUCCUUCGAAAAUGACACUACCCAUCUAACUUCCCAACCAAAAACCCCAUUCCUCAACCCCACUAAUUCAGUUCUACUCUCUGCCAUGAGACACCUCUCCCCAAAAACCCUCUUUCUCUUCUCUUCUUCUGCUUCGUUUUCUUCUCGUCCCAUUUUUCUUCUUCUCUCCAAAUACUCUUCCUCUUCGUCUUCUACUCCGUUUUCGAGGCGCCAGGAAGAAGAGUCCCGAAACGUCAGAGUCUCGGUUUGGUGGGACUUUGAGAACUGCAAUGUGCCUUCGGGAGUCAAUGUCUUCAAAGUCUCGCGUAACAUCACUGCGGCUAUCAGAGCCAAUGGGAUUAAGGGUCCCAUUGAGAUCACCGCCUUUGGGGACAUGGUGCAGCUCUCCAGACUUAAACAGGAGGCCCUUUCAGCCACCGGCAUCAAUCUCGCUCACAUUCCUCAGGGUGGGAAGAAUAGCGCUGAUAGAUCUCUUCUUUUAAAUCUUAUGUAUUGGGUUUCGCAAAAUCCUCCUCCAGCACAUCUUUUCUUAAUAUCUGGUGACAGGGAUUUUGCUAGCAUUUUACACCGGUUAAGAAUGAAUAACUAUAAUAUACUUCUGGCCAGUCCGGGACAUGCCCCUAGUGUUCUUUGUAGUGCUGCAAGUAUCAUGUGGCAUUGGCAUGAUUUGCUUCGAGGUGAGAACCUUAUGGGAAAAUACUUUAACCAACCACCAGAUGGUCCUUAUGGUUCUUGGUAUGGACAUUAUAAAGUGACACUUCUUGACCCUUACUCAGAUCUUGAGAAACGAGGGUGUUUACAGAUCGAGGAAUUAUCUGAACUCAGUAUAGAUGAUAAGCCUAGUACAGAUAAUAAGCCUCAUCCAAUUCCAAAGGCAGUCCUCACGCCCUGUACAAAUGAUAAGCCUCAUCCAGUUCCCAGUACAAAUGUUAAGUCUCAUCCAGUUCCAAGGGCAGUUCUGGAGCCCAGUACAGAUGAUAAGCCUCAUCCGGUUCCCAUGGGAAUUCAGAAGCAGAUUCAUCACAUAGUGAACUUACAUCCUGAAGGACUCUCAAUUACAGAGCUUCGGGAUAAGUUGGGGAAAUGCAGCGUGAAUUUAAGUAAAGACUAUUACGGAUAUAAAAGGUUUCUCCCUUUCCUUUUAUCACAAAAGAAAAUUCUAAGAAUCAAAACAGAAGGAGAUGGCCGUUACCUUAUAAGUCCGGUCAUCCAGAAAUCUCCUGAAGCAUCUAGGGACAAUUCAGAUGUUUACAUAGAAACAGCUGGUAGCAAUGAAGAUAAAGAUUUCAAUACUCCUUCAAAGUUGAGUUGUGAUGACAAAUUUUUAAAAGUAGGUGAAAAAAAGAAAACAUUACCACCAAAAUUCCUUGAGAAGCAAUCCAUGAGUCCACCUGCUGACUUAAAUGUGGAGAACAAAUGGGAAAAAGCACAAAAGCCUCCUGUGGAUGAGAAUAAGAUUGAAAUGGUUAAUAAACCAGAGUCUGACAGUACUUUUUCCCCUGGAGAUGAGAAGAUUGUCAAAACAGCUGCACCAGAAUCUGAAGGUUCUUUUUCUCCUGUGUCGGAACAAGACACUCCAUCUGAGAUUGGUUUUUUAAGAAAAGUUUGGAUAAAAUGGUUUGGAAGUAAAAGUGAUGGUUUUGAUAAUAAGACUUCGAAAGAUCAAGAAAAUUCUUGUACUUCUGCUGAUUGUUCUGAGGAGAAAGGCCAUACUACUCCAGUAGAUCACUCUACUUCUGUGAUUGGCUUGACAAAGGGAAAACAUGAGGAAAAGCAUUCAAAGUCAACAGAUUCUUUUGUUGAUUCAGUAUUACCUCCAUCACCUUCUUUGUCCACAAAUGAGUUGGCCCUGGACAAUAGCACCAGUACAAGUUCAGAGGCUUAUGAGAACAAAAUGGUAAGAAGGCCAGGGUUUCUUGAUCGAGUCCGAAAUUGGUGUAAAUUUUGGAAAAGUUCCUCAAACUCUGACCAUCUACAUGGUCAUUCCUCUGAUAGACCGAACCUAAUCACCAGUCAUUCUGAAGAGCAGAAGCUUUUUCUGAAGGAUUCAUUUUGGAGUACUAUGGAAUCAUUUUUCAAGACACCCAAAGGAUCGCUUAUUGUCUCUAAAUCAAUGACCAGGGAGCAGUUGGCACAAAAUCUUCAAAGGGAAGGACCUUUAAGUCAUCAGUCUCUUGUAGAAAAUGAUCUACUCCACUUGAUUGAUAUAUUAAUAUCAGAGAAGAAAUGGGUGGAAGAAUGCCCCUCAGAAGUUUUCCCUUUCAAACUCACUCAAUUUGGGAAAUCUGAGAAUGUUACUCAUGUAGUUUCAUCACCUUUUACUAAAACAAUUCCAGCCAGGUCCAAUGAUGAGAUAUUAGCUGACUGUCAAAAGCUUCUAAACGAGAUGCUGAAAGAACACCCUAAGGGAUUUUUUUUGGGUUUCUUCAGAAAACAUUUUCUUGAAAGGUACGGAUACUAUCUUGAUUUACAGAAGCUUGGUUUUAAAAAAUUGGCAUACCUCUUAGAGAAUAUGUCUGGCGUUAAAGUAGAGUCUGGUUACAUAAUCCCUUCUGAUAAUGCCCCAAAUAUUAUGAGCGUGAAAAGUACUUCUGUCCCUGAUAAACAAGAGGUCAAACAUAUAGUAGCCUUAGAUAGUGAACCUUCUGAUUCAUCAAAGAAUGGCAAUGGUUCAGACUUGCUGUGGGAUGAACUUGGGCCUGUUGCAUCACCAAAAUCUAUGACUUCCAAACUUGGACCGGUGUUGAGGACUGAAGUUGAAUCAGUGGAGAAACAGAUGGAAUUUGACUAUGAGCCUGUCCUUUCUGAUGAUGACUUCUCUGAUUCAGGAGAAACAUCACCUGUGAUUAGAGCUGAAGGGGAAAGAAUGGCAAGAGGGGCGAAAGACGGUAGCUCUCUUCUUCAGAUUCUUGAUUCGUGGUACAGUAGUAAGGGAGGUGACAGUUGCAAGGACAAAUCAGAGAAUGUAAAUGAAUUACUUGAUUUCUCAAAAAACACAGGGAAGUUAUCUGGUUCAUCUAAAUCUGGUGCCAAAGGUGAAGCCUCUUUGAAAAGCAUAGUGAGGAAGCAAAGGCCUCAGAAAAGGUACUCUUUUGUUUCAGACCAAGUUACUAAUGACAGCAAUGAGAAGCUCGUUGAUGGAAUAUUAGGGAAUUUAAGGAUAUACAAUGAAUCUUCUGCUUCAGACCAAGUUAUUGAUGACAAUAAUGAGAAUCUGGCUGAUGGUAUACAGGGGAACUUAGGGAAAUCCAAUGAUUCUUCUGUUUCAGACCAAGUUACUAAUGACGAUGAUGAGCAUCUUGCUGAUGAGAUUUUGGGAAAUUUAAGGAAAUCCGAUGAAUCUUUUGCGUCUGACCAAGUUACUGAUGACAGUGAGAAUCUCAUUGAUGGGAUCUCAGGAAACUCAAGGAAAUCCAUUGAAUCAUCUGUUUUAGACCAAGUUACCAAUGACAAUAAUAAGACUCCCGAUGAUGUGAUAUUAGUUGACUUAAAGAAAUGCAAUGAGUCAAAGAAGGAAGGUUCCAAGGUUCUAUGUGAUUGAGUACACAAGGCAACCGAAGACAAAAUAUCAGUACACUUGCUAUUAAUUCCCUAAAAGGAAUUCAGGUGGUUAGUUUCUUACUUGAAAAUUUUGUGGUGAUAUCAGUUACCUUAUUAUUGUUUAGCUCUAGGCUUUCACUCAUGCAUUUUCUUAAAUAAUAUUUUUUGGAAGAUGGAAUGGAGGAUAGGAAAGGGAAACCCGUUAAAGAACAGAGAAGUAAAAGGAAGGCACAUGCAUAGAAAUGAGAUUAUACUUGGUUAUUACUUGUAAAAUUGAGAAUCAAACCAAAUUAGUUCUAUUUUUGGUCUUAACUAUUGUUACUUUUCAAGGCCACCCACAGUGGCAGAGAAGAAAAUUACCAUAAAAUAAAAUCAGGGCUUUAGUUUUGACAA